UUAAACCAUUGCAACAAAUUCGAUUACAAGUUCCAGCGUCGGCCGCGUUUUCUUGCUGCAAAAUAUUUCAUUUUUAAAUUUGUGAAUUUUUCGUUAGUUAUAAAAAGUCAGCGUGAACAUGUCGAGCAAAUCCCGACGUGCUGGCACCGCCACGCCGCAGCCCGGCAACACCUCCACCCCCCGGCCGCCAUCGGCGGGUCCGCAGCCGCCGCCGCCGUCCACUCACUCGCAGACGGCCUCCAGCCCCCUCAGCCCCACCCGGCACUCGCGCGUGGCCGAGAAGGUGGAGCUGCAGAACCUGAACGAUCGCCUGGCCACCUACAUUGACCGGGUGCGCAACCUGGAGACGGAGAACUCCCGCCUCACCAUCGAGGUGCAGACCACCAGGGACACGGUCACCCGCGAGACCACCAACAUCAAGAACAUCUUCGAGGCCGAGCUCCUGGAGACGCGCCGUCUGCUCGAUGACACGGCACGGGAUCGCGCACGUGCCGAGAUCGAUAUCAAGCGUCUCUGGGAGGAGAACGAGGAGCUCAAGAACAAGCUGGACAAGAAGAACAAGGAGUGCACCACUGCAGAGGGCAAUGUCCGCAUGUACGAGUCGCGCGCCAACGAGCUGAACAACAAAUACAACCAGGCCAACGCCGAUCGGAAGAAGCUUAACGACGACCUGAAUGAGGCGCUUAAGGAGCUGGAGCGACUGCGCAAGCAGUUCGAGGAAACGCGCAAGAACCUGGAACAGGAGACACUGUCGCGCGUUGACCUGGAGAACACCAUUCAGAGUCUGCGCGAGGAGCUCUCGUUCAAGGAUCAGAUCCACUCGCAGGAGAUCAACGAGUCGCGCCGCAUCAAACAGACGGAGUACAGCGAGAUCGACGGUCGCCUCAGCUCCGAGUACGAUGCCAAGUUGAAGCAGUCGCUGCAGGAGCUGCGCGCCCAGUACGAGGAGCAGAUGCUCAUUAAUCGCGAUGAAAUCCAAGCCCUCUACGAGGACAAGAUCCAGCGACUGCAAGAGGCCGCCGCACGCACAUCCAAUUCCACGCACAAGUCCAUCGAGGAGCUGCGCUCCACUCGUGUGCGUAUCGAAGGACUCAACGCCCAUAUCCACGACCUGGAGCAAGCCAACGCCGACCUCAAUUCGCGCAUCCGUGAGCUGGAGCGCCAACUGGACAACGAUCGCGAACGCCACGGUCAAGAGAUAGACCUUCUCGAGAAAGAGCUCGUUCGGCUGCGCGAAGAGAUGACGCAACAGCUCAAGGAGUACCAGGACCUUAUGGACAUCAAGGUCUCCCUUGAUUUGGAAAUCGCCGCAUACGACAAGCUGCUGGUGGGGGAGGAGGCUCGUUUGAACAUCACUCCGGCCACCAACACGGCCACCGUGCAGUCCUUCAGCCAGUCGCUGCGCAACUCCACGCGUGCCACGCCAUCGCGUCGCACUCCCUCUGCUGCCGUGAAGCGCAAACGCGCCGUGGUCGACGAGUCGGAGGAUCACAGCGUCUCCGAUUACUAUGUGUCCGCCAGUGCCAAGGGCAGCGUGGAGAUCAAGGAGAUCGAUCCCGAGGGCAAGUUCGUAAGGCUGUUCAACAAGGGCAGCGACGAGGUGGCCAUCGGUGGCUGGCAACUGCAGCGGCUGAUCAACGAGAACGGUCCUUCGACCACUUACAAGUUCCAUCGCUCGGUAAAGAUUGAGCCAAAUGGCGUGAUCACCGUUUGGUCGGCGGACACCAGGGCCUCGCACGAGCCGCCAUCGAGCCUUGUGAUGAAGUCACAGAAGUGGGUCUCCGCCGACAACACCAGGACGAUUUUGCUGAACUCCGACGGCGAGGCCGUGGCCAAUCUGGAUCGCAUCAAGCGCGUUGUGUCCCAACACACAUCCUCCUCCCGGCUGAGUCGUCGUCGCAGCGUGAGCGCCGUGGACGGCAAUGAGCAGCUCUACCACCAGCAGGGCGAUCCUCAGCAGUCAAGCGAGAAGUGCGCCAUUAUGUAAAAUCAAACGCAGCAGAACCAGACAAACAAAACAAGCACACACGAAGAUCAUAAUUUAGAACCCAAAAACAUACGCCGAGGUACAGAGAUUUAUUAUUCAGCUAAGUUAUUUUUUGUGGCCGCAGCGCCAGUUAUUUAAUCAAAAACAAAAACAUUUGUGUAGAGAUCUGCUGCUCAAGCAGCUAAAACUGAAUCUUCUUUCGUUUGUACACUUUCGUUUUCCCUUUCUUAACAAAUUCUAUAGUUUAUUGUUUCGAUUUUUUCUGUUUCCACGUUAACCGAUCCCAUUGUAAACUUUAUUUGGUAUAAACUGGAGAGGACUGUGUGCCUUCUCUUAUGCCACAUAGAAUUUACAUGCGUAACACGUUCACUUCUUGUAUUCGCGGCGGCAAGAACUUUGAAAAUAUUGCAAGAAAACAAUAUUUUCGAUGUACUUACGCUCCACCACCUACAUAUUUAGUAAAUUAGUUUUUAAGCAAUAUCCCAGAUAAACCAGUCCGACGUCAGCAACCAAGUAAAAAAACAACGAGCACGUAGUGAGGGAUUUAUAAGAAACAACAAAUGCUUCUGACAACAGACAUAUUUAUUUAAGUAUUUUUUGUACAAUCAACAUAAAAUACAUUAUACAUUAUACAUAUACAUACAUACAUUAUAUAUAUAGACUCAUGCCUACGGAAGUGACAACCAGCCAGCAAUACAUAUAUAUUUUUAGCCAUGGCCAUAGGGUUUACGAUCCACCAAAACGGCUUUCUCCCGGUUUAGACCGGUUCUUGAGCUUCCUGCAGUAAUUUUACCAGACAAGCAACAAUAAGAACAACAAACACAACAUUUACAAAAGCAACAAAUAAAAAAAACGAAAGAAAAUGGAAGUACCCGUAGCGGCUCAGCGAUCCGUCGCAUUUUUUAUGGGUGGGCGUGGUCGCGUUUUACGCCGGCCAAACAAAUGCAACGCCCACACAGACUAUUAUACAAAAACUGAUGAAUACAACUAAAUUUUAAGUACAUCUACGUUUAUGUAUGUAAUUGCUAAUAAUUUGAUAAUUAAAAAA